GGUUUAUAAUGUUGUGUAAUAAAUCUUAGCCAGUGUUCGUACAAACUCUUAACAUUGUCUUGAAAGAGUGUAAGUUUGGAUUUGCAGUUGUUUAUAAAAAUGUUUGUAGAAGGCGGAACUAAGCAUACUUAAUGUAGUUUCCAUACGGAGGUUUUUAUCAGUGGGAGUUUUUCGCUCAUGUUGAUUAUAUUGGCAUGAAUGUGUGUGUAUGUGUCUAAGUUGGUAUUUGGUUAGUUAUAUUAUAAUAUUAUAAUAAUGGAUGCGGCGGAAGCACAGCUAAGUGUAAAAGUAAAGACACCGCGACUCUGCCGUUAUCACAGACCAGACUGGUUUGUGUUGAAUAUCCGGGUGUAGUUCAAAAUAUAGACAAAACGCUGGAAACCAUUGGAGGGGAACAGGGAAUGUCUAAGACGUAUGGAGACUCAUCCAAACGAUUGGAGCUGCGUUACCGUCCCAAAGAUCCUUACUGCCACCCUGUGUGUGGGAAUCGCUAUUCUUCCACCAACCUGCUGAUCAAAGUGCGGCGCAGAACAAACAGACGCAGCGGAGAAUCUCAGAUCUUCAUGGAGAUCCUGGGUCUCAUAGACACCACGUAUAAAUUUCAAGGAAUGGCAGAUUUUCAGUACCUGGCCAUGCACAGAGAGGCUGAUGGAUCUCAGGUGUCUUUGUAUGACAAGGUCAUUUUGAGCAAACCUGAAAAGAAGGAGUUCUUCGACCGAUCGGUGCCACUUUUUCUUCCACCUCCCAUCUUCUCUCGUUUGGACAACCCCAUGGAGUACUACUACCGGCCGGAUGUUGUACACAGAGAAGGAAACACCCUGCAUUUGCUCUCCAAAGAGAACCUGAUCGGACCGAACCGAGCCCGGAGAGCCCACAAUGCCAUUUUUGUGAAUUUUGAAGAUAAGACUGUACCUACUGAGCCACUAGAGGCUGCUAAGACCAACUGGCAGAAAACUGCUAUGCACCAUAGCGACCUCAAGGCAGAAGAGGAAAUGAGGGAGCUGUUUGAGAGACGGCCCAUAUGGUCCCGCAAUGCCGUCAAAGCCAACAUCAACAUUCACCCAGAGAAACUGAAGCUCCUGCUCCCAUUCCUGGCCUAUUACAUGUUGACUGGGCCGUGGAGAAGCCUGUGGGUGAGAUUUGGUUAUGAUCCCCGGAAAGACCCAAAAGCCAAAAUCUACCAAGUUUUGGACUUCAGAAUCCGCUGUGGAGUGAGACAUGGACAUAAUUUCAAUGAUAUACCAGUAAAGGCUAAAAGAAGUGCCUACCAGUACACUCUUCCAACCGCAGUCAACAAGGCCGCCCCUCAGGCAGCUAGUGUGAAGGACAUCACCCAGGACAGCUUCUCGAGCAACUCAUCCUUUUCAUCAAAAUACAUUCUCAAGGAUUCAGUUUACAUAUUUCGAGAGGGAAUGCUACCACCUUACCGACAGAUGUUUUACCAGCUGUGUGAUCUGGAUGUAGAGAAAAUUAAAAGCAUCAUCCAUAAAAAUGACGGGAAGGAGGAAGUGUGUGACGAGCGUGACGGCUGGUGUUUGCCUCGGACUGCGGACGAUCUCAGAAACAUCAUCUCCUCUAUGAUCACGCAGGUGGCGCGGGCCGAAAGACCGUCUUUAUCUUCCCCGAAGUUGAGACCUGUCCGGGCCGGUCGUAAAAUGGAAGAAAGCGGCGAGGAUGAGGACGAAGACGACGACGAGGAUUAUGACGAAGAUUACAAGCGUGAUGGGAGUGAAAAUGAAAUGGAGACAGAAAUGCUGGAUUAUAUGUAACCUAGAAUUGUGGACCGAAUAAAAGUGCCCAGUUGCCUGUUUAACAUGGAAAAAAAUUGAUUUGUAAAUAAAUAAAUGCAUUUUGUACAAUA